AUGUCAAGCGAGGCUGAUAACACCGCACCUGUGCGUGAACUUGAUGAAGCUGAGUUUGAGAACGGCCAGCCUAAAGAUGGAGAUGCCUGGAUCAAGUGGGACGUCAAAAACGGCAAGGAUCGCACAGAGACACGCGCUAUUGGGGUAGACCACUCCCUUUCUGGUUCUCCUUACAUUCAGGGCGUGGAAAUUCGAUCUGCCCCUGUGACAUUGCAUGUCUGGGUGUGA